GAUUUUGAUGACAUUACAAAAUUAUUUAGUAGUAGAGACUUUGUUAGCCUGUCACUAGUAUAUCCUACAAUAAGGGUUUUAAUAGAAAAAGUUAAAAAAAUUAAUACAAAUAACACAAAUAUUAAUACAGAAUAUGAUGAUGAAUAUAUUCCUCCAAUAGAUGAUCAUGAUUUGUUGACUGAAUUAGAAUCAUAUAAUGAUGAACAAGGAGAGUCUCCUCUUGUGGAAGGUGAAAUUGAAAAUGAAGGUAUUAUUUUUGAAGAGGUUAAUGGUGACAGGAAAAAAGGAAAUUAA